AAACGGUGUAGUUUCACGUUUCCUUUUCCCUGGGGUUUAAUUUCUGUUUGCUGGAGUCCUGAACUCUGAGUCUCUCCUCUCUUAUUUCUUCUCAUCGCCUAGUUCAGAAUGAUUCGCAAACGGUAUCAGGAAGCCAAAACAGGACUUCAGUUGAUGAAAUCAUUAAAUGCCCAGAAAUAUUUGAAGAAGAUAGGAUUGGGAAAAGAAGAUUACUACUUCUGGAAGCAAGUGGGCAAGGCGCUACUCUGCACAUACACGCUGUUCGGAGUAGCAUGGGUCUACAACGAGACAUCACCAUUGGGUUGGUGGACUCUGAAGCCUAGACCAAAGGAGGAGAGAGAACUAGCCCACCUUUACGAGCGGCGAGAGUUUCCUUACCCAGGUGACGCGGAGGCCAUGGAAGAGUUCGUCGCAAAGGGAGGCAUGAUUGGCACUUCUAUUGGUCCCAAAGGGAUCAUGGAGUCUGACAAAGACUCGUAUAAUUACCAGAAGGAGUUGGAGAACAAGAAGUUGGAGCAGGAAGCACAGAAGUUGUGGGUAAGGAUGAGGAAUGAGGUCAUCUCUGAGCUCCAGGAGAAAGGGUAUGAUGUUGAAUGACAGUUUUUUUUUCUUUCCUUUUCUCAUCAAACACUGCUCUUUUUUCUUCUUAUUUUUUGUUCAUGAAUGGUGCAUUAUAUAGGUCUUUAUAAAACAUGGGUUAUAUACAGAUAUGUUGUUUCUGAUAAUCAUAAAUGAAUCUCGUAUGAUUGAAUUGAGAAGCAGUUUCAUGGGAAAGCUGUGUUGUGGAAAGCUAGUUCAGAAUAUAGCUUAAGAUUAUUGGUGUUUUAUGUUUCAUAUAUGAUAUGAUUUGUCUCUAA